ACGUGUGAGGAACGCGUCGGGCAGUAUACUUUUAAAGGUGCUAGUUUGUGAUUGUAUUUUAGCAACAAAUUAAAAAAGAUAACAAUGAAAUUCAGCUUGGUGACUUUUUGUGUGCUUGUCGCAUGCGGAGUGUGCUAUGCCGUUGAACAUGGACCCAUCAUGAAUGCUCUCCGACCAGAAGAGCAAGGUGAUGUUCAGGUGGCUGGUCCUGAACAGAACCGAGACAAGAGGAGUUUGUUGUUAGGCGGUGGUUUGAUUGGAGCCGGUUUAGCAGCUGGUGCUGUUGGUCUCGGCGCAGGUAUCAUCGGAGCCAAGGCUGGUCUGGUUGGGGGUGCUCUAGCCGCCUCAGCUCUUCACGGCAGGAGCUACGGAGGAUACUACGGCGGUUACGGUCACGGUUACGGAUACGCUCCCGUGUACACUAGCUACGGUCACGGAUACGGCGGCUACGGAUACGGAGGCGGUUACGGUUACGGAGGUGGUUAUGGACACGGCGGAUACGGUGGUUACUACAGGAGUUACUACCCCACUUCUUCUUACAUCGUGUCUGACCCUUGGUGCUAAAUUGUUCAUAAAUUACGAAUAAUUGUAAUUUAAUGUGUGACUGACUCGUACAAA